UUCGCCAGUUCGCCAAGACGCGUCGUGCACACGAACGGUGCCGUUCGGCGUUGCGACGAUGUGAUGUUCCUUUUCGCACGCGGUUAACGCGGUGGUAUCAACGUGCGGCUCACGACAGACGUACGCGUCGAACAAAAUCGCUUUAGGUCGAUCGGUGUUUAGGCGCAAUGAGCUGAAGAACCGAGGAUCAUUUCGCGCGCGCGAGCAUAUCACUGAGCAUAUCACGAAAGGAUAUGUCGCUAGGGCAACGCGCGGCCUCGAGCGGCCAGGUCCUCUUCUUGCGUCUGCUGCUCGUCUGCAUGCUCGUCGUUUCCGCUCGCCUGGAAGAAACGAUACGAUCUUGGGACAAACUUUCGCAACUGAUACCAACGAAUUCGGUGUAUGAGAAGCAAGAUCGAAACGCACCUUCGUCGAGCAACGAGGCUGAUGCAUUCGCAAAGUUUGGACAUUCGCCAGAUGAGAACAACGUGAUGGACACAUCGAAAUCGAAAGGCGGGGGGGAGGAUGCGGAGGAGGAAGAGGAGGAGGAGGAGGAGGAGGAGAAAGAGGAGGAGGAGGAACCUAAGCUAACGCAUGAAGCUGAGAUCGAGGAGUACGAAGACGGAGAUAAGCGAGGAGAUAAAAAGAAAGAUGGUGAGAAGAGAAAGGAAGAGAAGGACAUUGACUCGUCGGAGUCGGUUGGUGCGAAGAAGGAAAAAUCUCCGAUGGCAGCUAGCAUAUCAAAUACCGCCGAGGUAGGGGACAAUUCCAGGGACGAAGAUUAUUUCGAAGACCCCUCGACGAAUCAGUAUGACAAUACGUAUUAUUAUUAUGACGAAUAUGAGAACGGGAAUCGUUCCAGAUACGAGGCAGUAGAUGGAGACAAUCUCGAUUAUCCAGACGCAGAAUCCGACGAGGAAGACACUACGUCAGAAGGUUGGAAAGUCCUACGACCAGAACACGAGGUACUAGAAAAGAAGGACAACGGCAGCACUCUUCGCGAGUUACCGAACGUGCCGUCGCGUAUUCUUGAGAAGGAAGGCAACGGUCCGUUAUUAAUAAUGGAUUCGGAACAAGGCUCGUCUAUGGAGGGUAGCGAUAAGAGCUUCACUUUCUUCGGUGCCAAGGAGGAGGACGAGCAGGAGCAGGAGCAGGAGCAGGAGGAGGAAGAGGAGGAGGAGGAGGAGCAGAAGCAGGUGAAAGAAGAGGAAAAAUCCGACGAUAUAACUGUUGACAGUUCCAUCUUGAUAGGUGAGGCUGUGGUUUCCGUCGUAACUACGAAAAGCGUGGUGAACGGCACGAUAACCGUGUCGACCACGUCGUCGCCGAACACCAGCGAGCAAGUCGCUGCGCCGCCGCCGUCGCUGGAACAGCCCGUUGUGGAGGUAACUACGGAUGAUUCGUCGAGGAUUCUGGCUUCCGUACAAACCAGCCGCAGCAUAUCGGGAGCGCGCUUCCUGCCGUUUCCAGCCGUGAUAGAUCGCGCCGAGCGAAUGGAGCAAGUGGAGCAAACGGAGCAGGACGGAGCACUCGAUGGCGGAAGAACAUCCCCAUCUCCAUCCGUGUCCACGGAGAGCAUCAUCGAUAAGCUCGACUGGGCACAGUCGAAACUGUCCGGCGAUCUCGUACCGGCUGCUAUACUCGGCGGAAACUUUCGAAACGCUGGCAAUACGCUCCAGUUGGAUGUAUUGGCUGAAAGAGAACGCACGACUCGCGCGAGAUUUAUUACUACCACGGCUAGAACGCCGGUUAUCGGCAAGUUUGUGCCACGACGUUACAGUGACAAAAGACUAAAUCACACCAGUACCACCACAGCAAAGCCACAGCGAUUAAAGACUACGCUCGACAAUCUGGAAGGCUUGCUGCCCCGAGACUACACGUCGAGAGGAACUACAACACCGACUGCACCGGCACCUGCCAAAAUCAAUUUCAGGUGGCCUUCCUCGAGACAAACGUCGUCCACGGAAGCGGCAGAGACGAAAGCCACGCCGACGACACCACCGACGAUUAGAUCGACGAUUGGUUUCGUUGUCCAAGACAUUAGCGCAUUUUUGCCGCCAGGAUACAAACUCAGGAAAGAGGACACGGCUGUUACGGAGAGUUCCAUUCUCAGUGACAUUCUUGCAAAGUCCAAAAUUGAUAUCUCGUCCCUUUUGCCAACAAACUAUAACGAGCGACAGGUCGAAGGAAACUCCAAGUUGGAAAAUAGCACAACAACCACGACAGCAAUGACGACGACGACGACGACGACAAUGAUGACGACAACGGCAAAAAGUAACACCUCCUCGGAGAAAAUUGCCUUGUCCAUCCAAGAUCUCUUCGCAUCUUCCAAAGUCGACAUAUCCGCCUUGUUGCCCAAGAAUUACGUUGAUAAGAAAAAGGAGUCCACUUCGGAUGAUAAAGCCGACACCGACAUGAACAAUGGACGGAGUAUGACAACGACAACGACAGUGACGGAACGGACGGGCUCUGACUCGGCUACUACGAAGAAAACUAGCGGUCUGAAGAUUGUAUUUCCUAGCAGACCAGGCGGUCGUAAACCGAUCCACAAGAUAACCACCCCGCAAACUCCGCGCGGAGACGGUCCAGGCGCAGUAACGCUAAAAAUACAAAAAGGAUGGCCGACUAGAGCUACCACAGAGUUUACCGGAUGGCCGACUCCAUCCACCACACCGAUCUCUAUCGAGAAGUUGCUGGAAGCCGCGCGGACAGCUACGGUAGCGUCUGUGAAUGUGUCGCUCAUUCCCAGCACGAACGAGAUUUCGAGUACAUCAUCCACAUCAACGACAACGACGACACCAAGGCCGACGACUCCUGGUGUGUGCGACGAGGAAUGCGAAGUAGCGGGUACGAUACGCAUCGUCGGGAACGCCACAUGGCUGCCGGAACUGUUCGAUCGAAAUACUCGCGAAUGGCAGGAGCUUGCGAGCCAAGUAGAACGAGAGAUGAACUUUAUAUUCUCGAAAUCGACCGUUCUAACGAAAUGGUACAAAAAUAUAAGGAUCGAUUCCUUCAGUCAAGGUAGCAUCCUGGUGGAUUAUUUUGUCGAAUUAGUCAACUUGCAGCAGAGAGUUAAUACGCAGGAGCUAAAAGUUAUCUUCCACGAUUCGCUCAGAACGUACAAUAGCAAUCGAUGGAACGAGACGGGCACAAAGGGCGCGUUACGAAUGGGGAUCUUCACCAUCGAUCCCAAAUACACAGACUUCGUAGUGAUACCUAAAGUGAGCACGCCGCAGUACAUCGAGAAAGACGACAGGCUCAUACCUCAGUGGGCCAUUGCGGUGAUAGUGAUAGGUGUUGGAGGUUUAUUGUUCAUCAUCGUGUUUGGUGUGUCUGUGCUCGUCAACAGACAAAACGGUGCGAAGCUAAAGCCAGCCAUGUCCACGAUUUACGACGAGGAGGUAGCUAAACAUACAUCCAGUCAUAGAUCGAACGAUUACUCGAAACCGGUACACACGAUAUGGACUGAUCCCGACGUUUCUUGGAACGACAAAUCUUUCGAGUCUACAUCCAACAAGAUUCUGGUUGAUAAACCUUUCCAGGACAGUAAGAAAUAUAAUAUGUACGACAGUUGGCGGUCCGAGUGGAAUGGUUAUUAUUACAAUCCGUCGCACAUCAGCAGCAGCAAGUACGGCGGUUACGACAGUACUACAAACUUGUCGAGCCGACACCAUGCCGAUUAUGACACAAAUUUCUAAAUUUCACGGCAAUAAAACGCACCUUUCUCCUACCUGCCUGAA